AUGCCGGUCAUGAAGGGGUUGCUGGCCCCGCAAAACACCUUCCUGGACACCAUCGCCACCCGCUUUGACGGCACGCACAGCAACUUCCUGCUGGCCAACGCACAGGGCCCACGGGGCUUUCCCAUUGUCUACUGCUCUGACGGCUUCUGUGAGCUCACAGGCUACGGCCGCACCGAGGUCAUGCAGAAGACCUGCAGCUGCCGCUUCCUCUACGGCCCAGAGACCAGUGAGCCAGCCCUGCAGCGGCUGCACAAGGCCCUGGAGGGCCACCAGGAGCACCGGGCUGAAAUCUGCUUCUAUCGCAAGGAUGGCUCGGCCUUUUGGUGCCUCCUGGACAUGAUGCCCAUCAAGAACGAGAUGGGGGAGGUCGUGCUGUUCCUCUUUUCCUUCAAGGACAUCACGCCCCGUGGAGGCCCAGGACUUGGCCCCCCGGGAGGCCACGGGGACAGCAAUCAUGAAAGCUCCCUAGGCAGGAGGGGAGCUGGCUUGAAACUGCGGUCCGCCAGGCGGCAGAGCCGCACCGUCCUGCACCGACUGACCGGCCACUUCGGCCGCCGGGCCCAGGCAGGCAUGAAGGCCAAUAAUAACGUGUUUGAGCCAAAGCCAUCAGUGCCCGAGUACAAAGUGGCCUCCGUGGGGGGGUCCCGCUGCCUCCUCCUCCACUACAGCGUCCCCAAGGCCAUCUGGGACGGCCUUAUCCUCCUCGCCACCUUCUACGUCGCGGUCACCGUGCCCUACAACGUGUGCUUCGCGGGGGACGACGACACCCCCAUCACUUCCCGACACACCCUCGUCAGCGACAUCGCCGUGGAGAUGCUCUUCAUCCUGGAUAUCAUCCUGAACUUCCGCACCACCUACGUGUCCCAGUCUGGCCAGGUGAUCUCCGCCCCUCGCUCCAUUGGCCUCCACUACCUGGCCACCUGGUUCUUCGUUGACCUUAUUGCUGCUCUGCCCUUUGACCUGCUUUACGUCUUCAACAUCACCGUGACCUCGCUUGUGCACCUGCUGAAGACCGUGCGGCUGCUGCGGCUGCUGCGGCUCCUGCAGAAGCUGGAGCGAUACUCGCAGUGCAGCGCUGUGGUGCUCACACUGCUCAUGUCCGUCUUCGCACUCCUUGCCCACUGGAUGGCCUGCGUCUGGUACGUCAUCGGGCGCCGGGAGAUGGAGGCCAAUGACCCGCUGCUCUGGGACAUUGGCUGGUUGCACGAGCUGGGCAAGCGACUGGAGAUGCCCUACGUCAACGGCUCGGCGGGCGGCCCGUCCCGGCGCAGCGCCUACAUCGCCGCGCUCUACUUCACGCUGAGCAGCCUCACCAGCGUGGGCUUCGGCAACGUGUGUGCCAACACGGACGCCGAGAAGAUCUUCUCCAUCUGCACCAUGCUCAUUGGCGCGCUGAUGCACGCCCUGGUGUUCGGCAACGUGACGGCCAUCAUCCAGCGCAUGUACUCGCGCCGCUCGCUCUACCACAGCCGCAUGAAGGACCUCAAGGACUUCAUCCGCGUGCACCGCCUGCCGCGGGCGCUCAAACAGCGCAUGCUCGAGUACUUCCAGACCACGUGGGCCGUCAACAGCGGCAUCGAUGCCAACGAGUUACUGCGCGACUUCCCGGACGAGCUGAGAGCUGACAUUGCCAUGCACCUGAAUCGGGAGAUCCUGCAGCUGCCGCUGUUUGGAGCAGCCAGCAGGGGCUGCCUGCGGGCCCUGUCCCUGCACAUCAAGGCCUCGUUCUGUGCCCCGGGCGAGUACCUGCUGCGCCGUGGGGACGCUCUGCAGGCGCACUACUAUGUCUGCUCCGGCUCACUCGAGGUGCUGCGAGACAACAUGGUGCUGGCCAUCCUGGGGAAGGGGGACCUGAUUGGAGCAGAUAUCCCUGAGCCGGGGCAGGAGCCUGGCUCAGGGGCAGGCUCGAGUGGCGUGCUGAAGACCAGUGCCGACGUGAAAGCGCUGACCUACUGUGGCCUGCAGCAGCUGAGCAGCCGGGGGCUGGCUGAGGUCCUGCGGCUCUAUCCUGAGUACAGGGCUGUCUUCCGGGCUGGCUUGCUCCGGGACCUCACCUUCAACCUGCGCCAGGGCUGUGACACCAGCGGCCUGGGCCGCUUCUCCCGAUCCCCUCGCCUCUCCCAGCCACACUCCGAAAGCCUGGGCUCCUCCUCAGAGAAGACUCUGCCAUCCAUCACGGAGGCCGAGGGUGGCGUGGAGCCGGGGGGUGGUCCCCGGCCACGGCGGCCCCUCCUACUGCCCAACCUCAGCCCAGCACGGCCUCGGGGCUCCCUGGUCAGCCUUUUGGGCGAGGAGCUACCCCCGUUCUCAGCCCUUGUCUCCUCUCCUUCCCUGUCCCCGUCCCCAUCCCCUGCCCUGGCUGGCCAGGGCCACAGCCCCUCCCCUCACGGCCCCCCCAGGUGCUCUGCUGCCUGGAAGCCCCCCCAGCUCCUCAUCCCCCCACUGGGAACCUGUGGACCUCCGGACCUCAGUCCCCGGAUAGUGGAUGGCAUCGAGGACGCUGGCAGCACAGCGGAGGCCCCCACGUUCCGGUUCAGCAGGCGGCCUGAGGUCCCGAGGCCUCGCUCGCAGGCGCCCCCUACAGGGACCAGGCCCAGCCGGGAGCUGGCCACCGCUGAGGCCGAGGAGGUAAAGGAGAAAGUCUGCAGGCUGAACCAGGAGAUCUGCCGCCUCAACCAGGAAGUGUCUCAGCUUAGCCGGGAGCUGCGGCACAUGAUAGGCCUGCUGCAGGCCAGGCUGGGGGCUCCAGGCCACCCAGCAGGCCCGGCUUGGCCCCUACAGUUUCCUUGCCGCCAGCAGAGGCCGCCAUGCGUCUCUCCUUGUGGAUCGGGACCACCACCUGGCCUCCAAGAUACUACACUUGCUGAAGUCCACUGCCCGGCCAGUGUGGGAGCAGCAGAAGUGGCGGCCACGCCCCUGGACCUGAGGCCUUCCAUGCUGCCCCCCUGCCCCUCAGAACCUGACCCUCUGGGUCCCUCGCCCGUGCCAGAGGCCCCAGCCCCAUCCCCACGCCUCCUGAGACACAGCUUCCGGUCCAGAUCAGACACAUUCCACUGACCCUGGCUCCGGGGCCCAGGCCUGUCUGGGGCGGGCAUUGCUGCCUGCCGUCCAAGGAGGAGCUGGGCCCCUCGGCCCCCUGCCUUGAGGUCAGCAGCCACCAGCUGGUCUGGGCGGCUCUGGAUUCUCUGGACUUUGUAACCAGGCGUGGCUUCCUCUGACCCUGUCCCCUUUACUGAGCUUUCCCCAACCCUCGUCCUCCAUGAGCAGGGCCACCCGAGGCCGUGGGAUCCAACUGGCAUGAGACGCACCACAGUGCCCGCUGGGCUGGGCAGGCAGACGAGAUGUCCGACUUUCAACCCCAGGACCUGCAGGCAGGCUGUCACUCAAGGUGGUCCCUUCUGCUGCCAGCCACUCUGAACUCGCUCAGCAGCGCCCCCUGUCCGCCCUCCGCCGCCAGCCUCAGCGCAGCCUGUUUUCUCCCUUCCUACACGCUCUCACCCAGGACCUGGACGCCUCAAAAACCUGCCUUGAGCUCCAGCUGUCCUUCAGCACCAACAUCCUGGGCUAACUUUUGGAUAGGAAAUAAACUUUAUUUUUGGAGUU